CCGCUCGACGACGACGACCUCCUCCGCGUGCCGCCGAACCCCUCGUCGCUCCCCCGCGCGUCCCUCGUGUGCAAGCGCUGGCGGCGCCUCGUCUCCGACCCGCGGUUCCUCCGCCGCUUCCGCGACCACCACCGGCGGCCGCCCCUCCUCGGCUUCUUCGAGCGCCUCGACCCCUUGGUCUCCAACUCCGAGCAGGGCCCCCGCGGGAGCCACAUCGUGUUCCACCCCGUCCUGGAACCCCCGGACCGCGUCCCUCCCCGGCGCUUCCCCCUCUCCGGCCCGGCGGGCCGGCGGAUCGAACUGCUCGGCUGCCGCCACGGCCGCGUCGCCUUCCUCGAGACGUCGCUCAUGGCCGGCUCCACCGUCUUGGUCUGGGAUCCGGUCACCGGAGGCCACGCCCGGCUGCCGCCCGUCCCGCCGGAGUUCGCCAACGUGGUCGUCUUCAACUGGACGGUGCUCUGCGCCGCCGCCGGCGAGCAGGGCCACGUGCACGGCACCUGCCACUCGAGCCCCUUCAAGGUGGUUGCGGUGUCCACGAAAGAUCGCCGCCCCACGGCCUGCGUCUACUCAUCGGAGACUGGCAUUUGGGGAGACAUCGUUCACCAUGAUCGUCCAUGUAGAGCUGUUGACUUCAUUGAGCCCGGCGGCACCACCCUUAUCGCCCACGCCAUUUACUGCAAAAUUUCUACUUGGGGACUGGAGGAGGAGAAGGACGAUGAUGACAUGGCUGAGCCCGACGGCCUACUUGAGUUUGAUUUGGAUAGGCAGAGCUUAACUGUGAUGGAGGGACCUCCAGUGAGCCGUGCCAACUACUGCCAAAUCAUCAGGACAGUCCAUGGCGGCGUCGGCGUCGCGGCGCGGCCUUUCGGAACCUUACAGCUGCAGGUGUGGCAUAGGGAUGUCAACUCUCACAAUGUUGCUACAUGGCUGCUUUCCAAGACAGUUGACAUGAGAAGUGUCUUUGGGCUUCAGGAGCAUGAGAGAUGGCCACGGGAAAGCAGGAGGUGUGAUAUAGUGGGAUAUGAUGAGGAUGAUGGUGUGAUCUUCGUAUGCGUAGACUCCACUUUGAUCAUGCUUCAACGUGACUCGAUGCAAUUCACGAGGCAAAGGAUGGAAACAUAUCUUACUACCUGUCAUCCUUUCAGGAGUUUUUACUUUUAUUAG